CGGUAUCGCCGCGGCGGGCUGCGGCCGCGGUGGCGGCGCCGCGCCGCCUCGCCUCGCCUCGCCUCACACGGCCUCGCCUGUCCGCUCUUCGCCGCGGAGGGGCGGCGCUGCCUCCCCGCACGCCCCCGCUCCGUCUCCGGGAAGGGCGCGGGGAGCCCCUCGCUGUCCCCCGGCUGGCCGCGAUGCCGCGUUAGCGGAGCCCCCCCCUUCUCCCCGAGGAAGCUGCCGGGGCUGUGGCUGGCACCAUGGGCACCGCGCUCCGGGGCGCGGCGGCCGGGCUCCCUGCGCGCUCCGGCUGAGCCGGGAAGGGGAUGCGUCGGCGCCCGGUGGAAAUAUUUUGGAAACGGCGCGGAGCGGUGCGAGGAGGACGAGCGGCACGGCGUUUCACCGGCUGAGAGGAGGAGGUCUCCCGGCGGUAGCGUCUAGGCAAACAAAUAUCACUUGCUGUGUCAUAGCACAUGGAUUUCAGGACCGCCUGUGAAGAGACAAAGACAGGGAUUUGUUUGCUGCAGGAUGGUAACCAGGAGCCUUUCAAAGUGCGACUGCACUUAGCCAAAGAUAUUCUGAUGAUCCAGGAGCAGGAUGUGAUCUGUGUGUCUGGUGAGCCUUUCUAUUCUGGUGAAAGAACAGUAACAAUUAGAAGACAGACUGUAGGAGGAUUUGGAUUAAGUAUAAAGGGUGGAGCAGAACAUAAUAUUCCAGUGGUCAUUUCUAAGAUUUCCAAGGAACAAAGAGCGGAACUUUCAGGUUUGCUCUUUAUAGGAGAUGCAAUUCUGCAGAUUAAUGGAAUUAAUGUGAGAAAAUGCAGGCAUGAAGAAGUGGUUCAGGUCCUUCGCAAUGCUGGGGAGGAAGUGACCCUAACUGUGUCCUUUCUGAAGAGAGCACCUGCUUUUCUCAAACUGCCACUGAAUGAAGAUUGUGCGUGUGCCCCCAGUGACCAGAGCAGUGGCACAUCCUCUCCCCUGUGUGACAGUGGUUUGCAUCUCAACUACCAUCCCAACAACACGGAUACAUUAUCAUGUUCCUCGUGGCCAACAUCCCCAGGACUUAGGUGGGAAAAAAGGUGGUGUGAUCUACGGUUAAUUCCACUUCUUCAUUCACGGUUUUCCCAGUACCUUCCAGGAUCAGAUUUGUGCAGGCAAAAUGCAUUCCAAGUAAUUGCUGUGGAUGGGGUUUGCAGCGGAAUAAUUCAGUGUCUCUCUGCUGAAGACUGUAUUGACUGGCUACAAGCAAUAGCAAGUAACAUUUCCAACCUCACAAAGCACAAUAUUAAAAAAAUCAACAGGAAUUUUCCAGUAAACCAGCAGAUAGUCUACAUGGGCUGGACGGAAGAACGGGAACAAGACUCCCUUCAGGAUCGAAUGUACACACCAAAGUUUCUAGCACUGAGGGGAUCUUCUCUGUAUAAAUUUAUGGCACCUCCAGUCACAACCUGGGAUUGGACAAGAGCUGAGAAAACAUUUUCAGUUUAUGAGAUAAUGUGCAAGAUUCUCAAGGACAGUGAUCUACUGGAUCGUCGGAAACAUUGUUUUGGUGUCCAGUCUGAAUCUGGAGAAGAUCUUUACUUUUCUGUGGAAUUAGAGUCUGACCUAACACUAUGGGAAAAAGCCUUCCAGACUGCAACUUUUUUAGAAGUUGAAAGAAUACAGUGCAAGACAUAUGCCUGUGUUUUGGAGAGUCAUCUUAUGGGACUUACCAUCGACUUCAGCAUGGGCUUUGUCUGUUUUGAUGCUGCCACAAAGGCUGUACUUUGGAGGUACAAGUUUUCCCAGCUCAAAGGUUCUUCAGAUGAUGGGAAGAGCAAAAUCAAAUUCCUGUUUCAAAACACAGAUACUAAACAAAUUGAAGCAAAGGAGCUGGAGUUUUCCAACCUGUUUGCAGUCCUUCACUGUAUCCACUCAUUCUUUGCAGCCAAAGUGGCUUGUUUGGACCCUUUGUUUGUAGGCAGUCAAGCCACAACUUCUGCUGCUCCCACAACUUCUGGUACUGGCAAAUUAAAGUAUACUACUUGAUAUCUCACAUUACAGCACUGCCACUUAAGAAAAAGACGCAACAAAGUAUAAAUAUUCAUAAGAUGUAGACCUGUGGUGAACCAUGUACGUGGAAACCAAUCCUGGAGUCAAGACAUCUUGCAGCAUCAGCAGAUAGAUGGCCACAUGGGAUCAUAAAUUCAUCUCUGUUCUGCAAGACACCAGUAAAUAAUCCCAGCCAAAACCCCAGAAUAGGAUGGAUAUGCUUUUAGUAUGAUCUAUUUGUACUUAUAUAGUGCUUUAAGCAACAUUGGAAGCGAAGGAAUAAAUGAUGCAAUGAAGCACUUCAGUAUUUAAUAAAAUUUUCAAAUGGCUGUAAUAAUACA